AUCAAAUUGCGUAAUGUUGCUCGACAUUUCAUCGAUAAACUUGUUUUGCGUCGCGUUGUCGUGUGCAUCUAUUUUCGUGUGACAGGAUCUCAGUCUGAUCAGCGUGUUACAUAUUCCAAGCGACGUGCACGGUCGGAAUGGAAAUUGUAUCAGGCGAUUAAGGUGCGUGAAAGGAGCAAGGAUACCUCUUUCCAAGGACAAACUGCUUAUUGAUGCUGGGGUAACCAUGUAUCUCGUCGCUACGCCAGAAAAUAGUUAUGCAAUUCCUCUCGGAUUUCAUUGUAGAAUUCCUACAUGAAGCUCUGCACAAAUCAAAGCUGAUAUAAUAUUAAUACCAAAGAGCGUGCAAGUGAAAUAUUUGUGUCCGUAUAAAACAAUGUUAAUUCGUCAUAUAUUCGAUACCACAACAUGCCGUUUCCUCGUUCACUGAUUACCUUGAAAUUGUUAUUGGCUUUACGCAAAUCGCGUGGCUAGUGACCAUUAUGAGAAUAAAUGAGUUGUUCAUCUUUACAAGUGAAUUUAUCGACGAAAUUGAUAUUGAACAUUCGACAAAAAUCAAUAUUUUACAUUGACUGAAACAUGACGAUUGGCAAAACCGAGAUGUCGAGAGAAUUCGUAAAAGUGCCGACCCCGAAUUUUGAACCAUCGGAACGAUGGCGAAUUAUGAAGAACAUUCUAGUGAUUAGUUGUGCUUUUAUGGUGAAUUUUACUGCUUUUAUGGGAGCCUCGAACUUACAGAGUUCUGUCAACGCAGAUCAAUCGCUAGGCACAUUCACAUUGUCGGCGAUUUAUGGUAGUUUACUCUUCAGCAACAUUUUGUUACCCGCUUUAAUUAUAAGCUGGUUAGGAUGCAAGUGGACGAUGUCGGUUUCUAUAUUGGCUUACAUGCCUUUUAUAGCUUCGCAGUUUUAUCCUAAAUUUUAUACUAUGAUUCCCGCUGGACUGUCAGUCGGAUUAGGCGGUGGGCCACUUUGGUGCGCAAAAUGUACUUAUUUAACUGUGGUAGCAGAAGCUUAUUCAACCGUUUCAGAUAUAGCUGUGGAUGUCCUUGUUACAAGAUUUUUCGGUCUUUUUUUCAUGUUUUAUCAAAUGGCACAAGUAUGGGGAAAUCUUAUAUCUUCAGCAGUUCUUUCAUAUGGAAUUGACACGGUUUUCUCAAAUGUCACCCUGAACAGUAGCGUUGUGGCCGAAAUUUGCGGAGCCAAUUUCUGUGGGGUAUCUGAGGAAAAUGAAAAUCCAAAUUUACAACGGCCUCCAGUAGAACGAAUAUACCUUAUUUCUGGAAUUUAUUUAGGCUGUAUGAUAUUAGCUUGUCUAAUAAUCGCGUUUGCCGUUGAUCCUUUAUCCAGAUACGACAGAAACAGAGCCCGCUUAGUGAAAGGAUCGUCCGGAUUCAAGCUCUUGGCCGUGACAUUAAAACUAUUAAAAGAAAAGAAUCAACUUUUAAUAUUGCCGAUAACGUUGUUUAUUGGGGCUGAGCAAGCGUUUUUAUUUGCCGAUUAUAACGCAUCAUUCGUUUCCUGUGCUUGGGGGAUUAAUAAUAUUGGUUACGUGAUGAUAUGUUUCGGUAUCACAAAUGCUAUAGCUGCACUUUUUACGGGAGCGAUCGUGAAGUUGACUGGAAGAAAGCCUGUGAUGAUUUUUGCUUUUUGUUUACACUUGAGUCUUUUCAUCUACAUGUUACGAUGGAAACCGACCCCAGAACAGGGUAUUAUCUUCUUUCUGCUUUCGGGUUUAUGGGGUGUGUGCGAUUCGAUCUGGCUAGUACAAGUCAAUGCAUUAAGUGGAAUAUUGUUCCCUGGUCGAGAAGAGGCAGCUUUCGCAAAUUUCCGCUUGUGGGAGUCCACUGGUUCAGUAAUAACAUAUGUGUACAGCCCAUAUCUGUGCACUUGUACGAAGCUAUAUCUUUUAAUCGGAAUACUGUGCGUUGGAAUGAGUGGUUUCGGUGUUAUCGAGUGGUUAGGUAUUCGAGCAGACAGAACUGUUUCCGACAACAAGCCUGCUCUAGAAUUAAUGAAUGAUAGAAAUAUCGAUCGAUAAAAUAUAGAAGUAGUAAGUAUCGUCUUUUUCAGUUGACGGAAUUGUAGAAAACUGUCAAAAUGUUUAUUUUUUGAUAUCAUUAAAAAGUGCCAAAA